GCCGAGCGAGCGGGGCGGGGGCGCGGGGCGCGGCGCCCGGAGAGUCGGCUCCGGCCGAAGGCGCCGGGGCCGGGCCGGGAGCGAGCAGCGCCGGCAGCACAGCGGAGCCCGCCGCCCGGGACAUGGCCAAGGCAGGCAGCGCAGGUUGCCCUUCCCCGGGUGGCGGUGCCCCCUGGCACCUUCGGAAUGUCCUCAGUGAUUCGGUGGAGAGUUCAGAUGAUGAAUUCUUUGAUGCUAGAGAGGAGGUGGCUGAAGGAAAGAAUGCCAUCCUUAUUGGAAUGAGUCAAUGGAGCUCCAAUGACCUGGUGGAGCAGAUUGAGACCAUGGGGAAGCUGGAUGAACAUCAAGGAGAAGGGGCCACAGCGUGCACAUCCAGCAUCUUGCAGGAGAAGCAGCGAGAACUGUAUCGGGUGUCUCUUAGAAGGCAGAGGUUCCCAGCCCAAGGAAGCAUCGAGAUCCAUGAAGAUGGCGAGGAAGGCUGCUCACAGCGCUCCUGCAAGACACAUGUCCUUCUGCUGGUGCUGCAUGGGGGCAACGUCCUGGACACCGGCUCUGGUGAUCCUUCCUGCAAGGCGGCCGACAUUCACACUUUCAGCUCUGUGCUGGAGAAGGUCAUGCGCGCCCACUUCCCUGCUGCCCUGGGACACAUCCUCAUCAAGUUUGUCCCUUGUCCCGCCAUCUGCUCGGAGGCUUUCUCGCUCGUCUCUAACCUGAACCCCUAUAGCCACGACGAGGGCUGCCUCAGUACCAGCCAGGACCACGUUCCCCUGGCUGCCCUUCCCCUGCUGGCCAUCUCCUCCCCACAGUACCAGGAUGCUGUUGCCACCGUCAUCGAGCGAGCCAACCACAUCUACGGCGAGUUUCUCAAGUCCUCUGAUGGGAUUGGCUUCAGUGGGCAGGUGUGUCUCAUCGGGGACUGUGUGGGCGGCCUCCUGGCUUUUGAUGCUAUCUGCUACAGUGCGGGACCCUCAGGGGACAGCCCUGGCAGCAGCAGCCGGAAGGGGAGCAUCAGCAGUACCCAGGACACCCCUGUGGUGGUGGAGGAGGACUGCGAUCUGGCCAGCAGCAGCAAGCGCCUCAGCAAGAGCAACAUUGAUGUCUCCAGUGGAGUGGAGGAUGAGGACCCCAAGAGGCCGUUGCCACGGAAACAGAGCGACUCCUCCACGUAUGACUGUGAGGCUAUCACUCAGCAUCACGCCUUCCUCUCAAGCAUCCACUCCAGUGUGCUGAAGGAUGAGGCCGAGGCUCCUGCAGCUGGCACGCCCCAGCUCUCUGAGGUCAGCCUGGGUCGCUUUGACUUUGACGUAUCUGACUUCUUCCUCUUCGGCUCACCCCUGGGCCUGGUCCUGGCCAUGCGGAGGACAGUGCUGCCUGGGAUAGAUGGUUUCCAGAUGCGUCCUGCCUGUAGCCAGGUCUACAGCUUCUUCCACUGUGCAGAUCCCUCUGCUUCACGGCUUGAGCCACUGCUGGAGCCCAAGUUCCACCUGGUGCCUCCUGUCAGCGUGCCUCGCUACCAGAGGUUUCCCCUGGGCGAUGGACAGUCUCUCCUGCUCGCUGAUGCCCUGCACACCCACAGCCCCCUAUUCCUGGAGGGAAGCUCCCAGGGAAGCCCCCCGCUUCUGGAUGCCCCUGCCUCGCCCCCUCAGGCCCCAAGAUUCCAGCGCACAGAACGCACAGAACGGAGGCUAAGUGAAGGCAGCUCCCAUAGCGACAGUUCAGAGUCCUCGGACAGCCUGGCGCCGAUGGGUGCCUCCCGCAUCACAGCCAAGUGGUGGGGAACCAAGAGGAUUGACUAUGCCCUGUAUUGCCCGGAUGUCCUCACCGCCUUCCCCACGGUGGCUCUGCCUCACCUCUUCCAUGCCAGCUACUGGGAGUCUACUGAUGUGGUCGCCUUCAUCUUGAGACAGGUGAUGCGUUAUGAGAGUGCGGGUGUGAAGGAGAGCGCCGGUCUGGACCCCACAGCUCUGAGCCCCGCUAACCCCCGUGAGAAGUGGCUGCGCAAGCGAACCCAGGUCAAGUUGCGGAACGUUACUGCGAACCACCGUGCCAAUGAUGUCAUUGCUGCUGAAGAUGGCCCCCAGGUCUUGGUGGGGCGCUUCAUGUAUGGCCCUCUUGACAUGGUAGCUCUGACUGGAGAGAAGGUGGAUAUCCUGGUGAUGACAGAGCCGUCGUCAGGCCGCUGGGUCCAUCUGGACACAGAAAUCACCAACAACAGUGGCAGAAUCACAUAUAACGUGCCCCGGCCCCGGCGUCUGGGGGUUGGUGUCUACCCUGUAAAGAUGGUGGUUAGGGGUGACCAGACCUGUGCGAUGAGCUACCUCACGGUGCUGCCCCGAGGCAUGGAGUGUGUUGUGUUCAGCAUUGACGGGUCCUUUGCUGCCAGUGUGUCUAUCAUGGGAAGUGACCCCAAGGUCCGGCCAGGUGCAGUGGAUGUUGUUCGGCACUGGCAGGACCUGGGCUACAUGAUCCUUUACAUCACGGGGCGGCCGGACAUGCAGAAGCAGCGGGUGGUGUCGUGGCUGUCCCAGCACAACUUCCCACAGGGCAUGAUCUUCUUCUCGGAUGGACUGGUACAUGACCCACUGAGGCAGAAGGCCAUCUUCCUUCGCAACCUCAUGCAGGAGUGUUUCAUCAAAAUCACUGCUGCCUACGGCUCCACGAAAGAUAUCUCUGUCUACAGCGUGCUGGGCCUCCCUGCCUCCCAGAUCUUCAUUGUGGGCCGGCCCACCAAGAAGUACCAAAGCCAGUGCCAGUUCCUGAGUGAAGGCUACGCAGCACACCUGGCGGCACUGGAGGCCAGCCACCGCUCUCGCCCCAAGAAGAACAACUCGCGCAUGAUCCUGCGCAAGGGCAGCUUUGGGCUGCACGCGCAGCCGGAAUUUCUGCGCAAGCGCAACCACCUGCGCAGGACCAUGUCGGUGCAGCAGCCGGACCCACCGGCCGCCAACCCCAAGCCCGAGCGGGCGCAGAGCCAGCCCGAGUCCGACAAGGACCACGAGCGGCCGCUGCCCGCUCUCAGCUGGGCGCGUGGGCCCCCCAAGUUCGAGUCGGUGCCCUGAGGGAAGGGCGGUGCUCAGUACGGUGGGCACAGUUAGGCGGCCUGCAGGGAUGGGAAGGGUUGCCUUCUCCCCAGCACAGGCUUUUCCUGCUUU